CUUUACACCCAAACACACCUGGACACCCACGCAAAAUGUCAUUGUUUGACUUUAUUCAAAACCUCAGUAUUCCAGUUUCGCCACUGUUUCUUGACCGAAAUAUGCCCCAAUCCCGGAAUUGACGCCACGCCAAGCCAUGUUGCAAAGCAGUGCCCUUCCGGGGCGACCGCAGCGUCCAAUUUACCAGGAGGUGCGACAACUCUCGGACGCCCAACUCUCCAUUAUGUGCCAGAGCUAUAGCAUCUUUCCGGGCCCGAUCUCCCCCCAUAAUCGGCGUCAAGCAGAGCGCCAGCUGCACAUUGCUCUGAUCAAGGAGCGAGCCCGGUUUCGAGCCCGCCAUCAGUUCGCCGAGGAAUGCAGGCUGCAGUAUUCCGGGGAUCCCAACUUUCGACCAAACCCUCCUCCACCGCAGCAGCACUACGAUUCCAGGGUCGCCUUGCCUCCGCCCGCAGUGCCUACCCUGAAUUACUGGCCCAAGCCCAAUACUCUCAAUUUGCGUAGCAACCCGCCACCAAGCAGUAGCUUUCGGUACCGUCAGCAGCUUCAAGAGCCGGUCUUGGAGCCUCAGCGGUAUAUGACCUGGCAGGAGCAGAGCAGGAUGCACAAGCAAGCUGAGCGGAAGAGAUUCCACAAACCACCUGAAGCGAAUGCCGCAGCGGAAGGUGCUGACACCAGUUUCCUGGGCUUCCAGCUACCCUUCUCUCUGGAUACGGUCAGAGAGAUCACCACCAAGAUAGGCGAAACUCUCAAACGUUUCCAGGGCGCAGGGGAAAGCCAGGCGACGACUAGAUUUGAGGGAGGAUCCAUCAAAAACCAAGAAAAAUGCCAGGAAAGAUCUCACGAUGAGCGGCGAAGAAGCGAAGUGGUUGCGUGUCAAAAACAACACCAGAGUACGUAUCAGGCAACCACCGAAGAUGACCCCAGCAACGAUGCAUCUGAGGGCGAGUACCAGGCGGAUGAAUCCGAAGGGGAGGACCCAGAAAUUUCAGAGGAGGACUUCAAUUACGAUUGCGAAGAACGCGAUCGGGAUACCCUUUUUGAUCGCUGGGAGGGAGAGAGGCAACAGCAGGCCUACGCCCAACCCCAGCCGUUUGACUUUCAGGAACUGAAGACGCUGGCGGUUGCUCAGGCUCAGACCGAUUUGGUCGAGCGCUCGAGUAGCGUCAGUACGGCCACCACCUACCACGACUUUUUCAGCCAGGAGCCGCUGCAGCGAGUGGCGGGUAACUUCUGGGGGUGGUGGCGAAGACGAACGACGGCGGGGGAUGAGCGGAUCCCGGUGGCGGAGCAGACCCGCGAGAGGGAACACAAGCACGAGCGCGAGGUGAAGUCCAUUCACUAUUUAAGAGAAACAGCGGACGACGGGGUGAUGGAGAUAAUGCAUCGGGUGGAUCUGCGCGACGAUAGCGAGGAGGAGGACUUGGUUGUUCUCCCGGAGUGCACCCUUACUUCCCAGCCAUCGCCGCGUACCUACGCCAGGCUUUACAUAUCCAUUUUCCGGUUGCUUUUGUGCGACCGGGACGCAAAACUGGACCCGGAGAAGCUACGCUGCGCUUUCCUCGGCUGCUGCGUGGUCUUUGGCAUAUAUAUGGGCUACAGAACGAUGCGAUAGUGGCGCAAACUAAAGUUAAAAGUGUCCUAAAUUGUGUUUGGAAUUUUUUUUUGUAUAUCGCCUGCAGGCUGAGGUUGUAAAAUCUCGAUUCGGUAGUAAAAAGCUUUAUUACACAGAGCUGCAAGCAACAUAAAA